CCAGGGAAAAGACGUUGGCACGCCUAACCUAACUAGCAUUAACGCCGAAGCGCGAGUGUCACUACUAGUCAGAGAUUAGGCUGGCCUACCAUUUUAUUUGACGCUUCGCCCAGAUGACCGACCGGAACGUGUCUUCGGCGCUGGUGGCUGAGCUUCUUAACACGUUCUUCCUGCACCCACGCCGGCACGACCUGGUCAGCGAACUCUCGCAAGGCCUCCGGAAGUGCGCCGGACUUUGCGUUGCACUUAUGGCAGCACCAAAGGUGCUUGUGCUUGACGACCUCACGGGCGGCGUGGACGUGAUGUUGCGACGCCGCAUGCUAAAGCUCAUCAAGACAGUCAAGGACCAGUGCGCCAUACUGAUAACCAGCCAGAGGCCAGACGAACUCGACUUUGUCGUCGACAAGGUGGCCAUCCUGGCCCGAGGCGUCGUGCAGUGCGUCGGGUCGCCAGCGUUCCUCAGAGACGCAUACGCAGUCCCCUACCGCUGUCGCCUGAUCCGCGACACAACCGACUGCCGCUCUGCUUUCGUGGAAGCGCAGCUUCGAGAGUGCCUGCCGCAAGCAAAGCUCAUAUCCAAGGCCGCCAACGAGCUCCUCUUCUCGCUGGGCACGAGGAAGUUGCUAAGCUUCGGACACACCUUCCGCUCACUGAACACUUUGGCGCCAUCUCUGUACAUCCGUGACGUCGGCUUUCCCUACGUGAGCUUGGAGGACGUACUGAUUCGCGUGAGCUACAUGUCUGGCGAGGCGAUAGUGCCGCCCACUGGUGGCCUCAACGUGGCUCCCGGCGCCAAGGUGCACGUGGCCCGCAGCGGCAGGGUGCUCUGGCGCGGCCUACUGGCGCUACAGCGAUACCGGCUGCUGCACCUCGGAAGGCACGUGGGGUUCUACACGCUGCUGCUGCUGAUGGGCGCCCUGCUCUUCCUCGUGUUCUGCGACAGGGUGGCCAGCGUCAGAACGCCCUUUCCACGGGCGCUGCCUCGAAUCCCGCUGGACCCUGAGGCGUUGCGGCAAGGAUACGUGCGCAGCGUGACGGAGACGGCAGACCUUGAACAGGUGGUCAUCAACCUUGGCUCACGACGUGGCGUCAAGCUUCUGAAGGCAGGGAGCACCGUUGGAGACGCCCUCGGCGCUGAAAACUUUACAGCUCGCUUUGCAUUCGAUCUGGGAACUCAGGCACUGGUCUCCUGGUACAACGUGCGCUCCCGAAGAUCCGAGGCCAUGUCACUGCUGCUGCUACAGAAUGCCGCUCUGCAGUUCGUUAGCGGCAACACUAUGCAGCGCGUGGAGGCAGCAAUCGAGUUCCUGCCUGGUGGAGCCUCCGUGAGCCCCGUCAACGUGUUCACGUGGCUCUCGGAUGUCGAGCUGAAGCUGAGCGGUGCCACGUUCGUUCCCAUCUCGCUGGGUCUUUUCAGCGCCGCCGCCGCGCUGUUUCCGGCCGUGGACCAGGCCGAUGGCGGUCGUCUGUUGCAGCGGCUUUCUGGGUUGCCGGGCGCUCUCUACUGGCUGUCCAACAUGUUCUGGGACUACAUGGUGCUGUACAUGCUGUACAUGCUCCUACUGUCCCCCAUGGUGGUCAUAUGGGGAUUCGGCGACAGCGUCGAGUUCUGGGUUUCCGUGGUACUGCUGUUUGCGGCGUACGGGUGGGCAGCCAUACCGCUUGCCUACGUCCUGUCACAGCUGGCGGGUCCCAGACCUUCUAGAGCCUUCUCCCUGGCAGUCGUCGCGAAGUGCGUCUUCGGUGUCCUGGCUGUGUUGUACGUGAUCCGGCUGCACCUGUCGUUCUACGUGGGGGAAGAGGAAUCGCUGAGUCGGGAGCUUCUCGAGCUCAUUAGCACCAUCACUCGCAUGGUGCCCACUGUGUCCAUAUCGUGGGGACUAGGCCGAGCCAUGUGGCUGACGUCACUCAACGAACUCUGUCACAUGGACAACGACGCGGACUUUAUGCAGGCCUGUCGGAUCCUGAACGCCACCGAGUCACCGAUGCAUCUAGUGCGGCGUUACUGGUUCCUGGUGCGCUGCUGCAACGUUCGGCUAGCAUGCAUGCACAACGUCCAGAACUGUGUGCUGCCUCACGCCCACCUGCUCACGUGGAACCCGCACUCGGUGUGGCCCGAGGUGGCCAGCCUCUUGCUCGCGGGACUGCUCUGCCUGGCCGUGCUGUGCUUUGCCGAGACCAACGUGUGGUGGCUACUUCGCCGCGUGUGCGGGUACCAGCCGCACCUGUACGUGACGCGAGCGCCGCAGUGCCUGCUCAACGAAGGCGAAAAGCAGCGCCUAGUUCGCCACUUCAGGGACAAGACUCUGCCCUGCAUUGACACGUUGGUGGUGAGCCACGUCCGCCAGGAGACCGGCCCGUACGCGCCGCUUCAUGACGUCAGUCUGUGCAUGCACCGGCGUGAGUGCCUCGCCCUGUUAGGACCCACGGGCUCAGGUCGGUCCCUGCUGCUGAGUAUCCUCACCGCACAAGUUCCGGUGUCGGAUGGCAACGCUCACCUUCUCGGCGCCGACCUCUUCGCUCAUUCGAGCGAGUUUGUCCGGGCGCUGGGCUACGCCUCCGAAGAUCGCGUCGCCGUGGGUUGGCUGACGGGCCGCCAGCUGCUGCGUCACAUGGCCCGCAUGCGUCGCGUGCCCCCAAAGACUGCCGCGGUGGUGGUCGAACAGCUGCUCCGUAUGCUGGACCUUGUCGAGCAGUCCGAGCGCCACGUGUCCGUGUACAGCAGCGGCGAGCGUGCCAAGCUGGCUGUCGCGUUGGCCUUAGUGGGUGCACCACCGGUCGUGCUACUAGACAAGCCUACUGACGGACUCGACCCCGUGGCCAGGCGCCGCGUCUGGCACACUAUCAUCACCUUCGUCAAGAAGACGCACAUGUCUGUGUUACUGGCCACCGACGACAUUGAGGAGGCCGAGUCCGUGGGUUCUCGAGUAUUGUUCCUGCACCGGGGACGUGCGCGGCCUAUGCUUCGCGAGCGAGACCUGUACCCAGAUGCGGAGCGAGGAUACGAAAUCACCAUGUCCCUUAAUGGCUUGAGUGGCCUGACUGUUGCCGCUGCGCAGCAAGAGGUCAACGACACCGUGCAGAGCCUGUUCCCGGGCCGCAACCUCGCUGUCACCAAACUGAAGUCGUACGUGCGAUUCCGCGUCAUGGACGACUCGGUCGACUGGGAGAUGCUGGUCGACGCCCUCGAAAGCCUGCGGCGCUCGCUCGGCCUGUCCGACUGCCGGGUGCUGGCCACCACUGUGCUGCAGUGCGCCUUCUACCGCCGCCUGGUGGAUGCACCGUCGACUCCUUUGCCCUCCCUUGUCAUGUCGCCCACCUCGCCCGUGCCCGGCCUGGCCGCUGCUGGAGGUGCCGGGGAGCUGUACACUGGCCCGCGGCCACGCUCGGCAUACCCCAGUCGCUACGCGUACCCGACAGACAAGAAAUAAAAC